AUGCUGCGACCAUUUUGUAGUGUUCCCAUGGUGACAUUGGGGGAGUUUGAUGCUCUCGAGGGUGCAAAGGCAAUCAGCGUAACAGAAUACUACGCUUAUCAGGAAAUGGAUAUAUUUGGACCUCAGUUGUUACGUCUCUCUGCUGUUUGCGGAAAGACACUUCUUAGUUCUCGUGUGAUUAGUGGUCCAUUGCGUCCAGAAUACAAGGAACGAAUGAAGGCCAUUGUUGCGCGUGUACUUACUUCAAAUGACUCUGAUGAGGAAUCAGUUUUAAUGUUGGAUCCAUUAGCUGGAGGAAUUGCUAGUAUGUCCUUUUGCUUGGAAGACAUUUUAGCCCGCGGGGAAAAGCGUCGGUUUUGUAUUAUAGUGACACAUCCUCAAAGUGAUGAACUCGUGCGUCAAUGGCCAUUGGUUUCCGUAUUUCUAAAUAUUCUUUUGGAAGAAUGGUCAAGUGCAACGAAAAGGCGCUUAACUUUGGAAUAUUCCACCUUUCCUGAUUUAGAAAGGUACCGUGAGGAAGCGCGUAAGCGCUCAAUGCGUUCAUUGAUGUGCUUGAUAUCUCAGAACACGGAGUCUGAAGUAAAGGCCUUUAAGCGUGUUCAUUGUUUUUUCGAGCGUGCCAUUCCUGCUUUUUUUGGCGUGGAACCAUUAAGGAUCGCUGACUCGAUAUUGGAGCCUACGUCUAUUAAGCAAAUGAAAAAACGCUUUGAGAUUGAACUUUUUCUAGUAAAUAUCGUUGAACUUGAUUUGGACUCCCCCCCCGGGGAACAUGGCUGUCUUGCCAUAGAUAGUGGCAGAAUACUAGCCACAGAUGAAACAUUAAUGGUAAAACCUCUUUCUGUUUGGAUUUUGGAAUUUCUGCAAAACCACACGAAUAGUUUUCGGGAGAUUGAAAUGCUUUUAACUGCACUUUUAAGUGGAAUCCAAAUUCUUAUUUAUGGAGAUGAUAGUUUCCAGUGCGCUAAUUUGGCACUUUCGCUGUCUCAGAUCUUGCCACGACAGCUGCGAUGCGUCACUGUUUUUGCAGAAGAGUACUUAAUGCCAUACGAAAAUAGAAUUAUCAGCUUUGGCAAACGCUUUUGUCAGAGAUCCCAUCUUGACCAUAUAUAUACACCUGAAAAUGAACUUUCAGCUAUGGAUACUGUUUGUGUAGGUGUUAGUUCUGAAGGCAGCAUAGUCUCUGUUCAUGCAUAUGAUGAAAGAGUAUACGCCUUUGCAGGUGCAAGGCGUCAUUGUUCUUGUACGGGAGCACCAACACCCAAUAUCGUAACACAGAUUGUGGAAUUAUUUCGCUCAGAGCUUGCUUCGCAAAUCGUAUCACGAACGUGUAGAAUACUUCAACUUCGACUUGAAUCUUUAGUGAAUGAUUAUGUUAUGCGGGGUAAGAUGUAUACUCGAUUAUUUCGACAGCAUGAAAUAAAGUGCAACAAGGGGGUGUUGGGAUUAGACGACGUGAGUGGCAAUGGUAAUUCUUUAUUUACUAGUAUCAGUAGUCCAUUUCGUCAGUUUAUGAGCGGCUUCUCGUUGCGACGUUGGUAUUCGGCAUCAUGUGGUUCUUUUUUCUUGGAGAAGAAACCUUUUUCAAAAGGUGAUGCUUCUUCCUUCUUGAAAUUUCUAGAAGGGGGUGAGUUGGAUGCGUGGGUAGCGACAAAUUCAGAUCACAAUGUGCUGCUUUUUCUUGGAAGCGGCAGAGGUGCCAUGUAA